CGAGCGAGGGAAAGCGGCGGCGGCCGCACGCGAGGGGCCGGUGUGGGUGGGGAGAGGUGAAGCGGCUCCUCACCAGGGGCAACGGGCCCAGGGUCGGGCGGCGAGAGCUGCUAGGGCGGCACCGGCCUCGCUCCUCCAGCCUGCCCUCAGCCCCGCUCGGGGGGCCCCGCUGCCUCCUCAGCCGCACCCCGCGGAAGGGCGGCCUCCAGGCUCUGCUCCUGUGCCCAGCGAUUUCCCAGAUGAGGGGGUGAAGCGGUUGCUUUGCUCGUGUCCGGCAUCCCAGGUGGAUGAGAGACCCUCGGGUGCUGGUCCCUGGGUUAUCAGUAGGGGCAAGCAAUUCUUCUAAUACAGCACAUUUACUGUGGAAGAUCUUGAGUUGCUUCACGAAUUAGGGGAGGUCAAGAACAGAGUCUUCAGAUAAUCAAUUUUACUACAGAUAUGUCCCCCUCCAGCUUUCUUGCAGGCCCCCAUUAGGUACUGGAAGGCCACAACAAGGUUUCCCUGGAGCCUUCACUUCUCUGGGCUGAACAACCCCAACACUCUCAGCCAGUUUUCACAGCAAAGCCUGCUGCCUGAAAAUUAAUUUUCUAAGUCUGGAAGCCUGUGGACUUUUGUUAGAUGUGUGAUUAGUUUGACUGUGACCGUGUUUAAGGAAAACAUUAAUAUUUUUAAAGGAACAACACUGGUAUCUUCUUUUACAAAGCCAAAGUGUCAAGCAGAAGAUGUCAGACAGUCAUUCAAUGAAGUUCAAUAUUCUUAAAAGAAAUAGAUUAACAUCUCCCAGCAGCAAUUUUAAAUACUCAAAUUUUAAAGACAUGUGUUGCACUUCAGCAUUUCUGGACAGCAGAUACAAUGAGUCAGUAAAAGAUCUUGAUGCAGAACAUAAAGAAGCACCAAGUGUAACAAGUAUUUCAUUGCUACAAGGGCAUUCUGAGCACAUUCAUCCAAAUGCCUUCAUUCCCGUGUCAUCAUCUAUCGAAAAAGAACUGAAUUCUAUCUCAAUAUCAGAAGAAAGAGAAGCAACAGGAAGUGCAGAUGUUUUUGAAAGUCCUAAAUCAAGUAGAAAAAGCUCUUCGCUACGCAGGAGACUGCUUUUACCCAAGACUGUUGAAGCUGGCACAACUGUAGAAAGCUGUGAAAGGCAAGCUAGUUCUUCAGGAAGCAUCAGGAAAAAAAAAUUCUCUUGUGUUUUGAACUCUGAAGAAAAACUUCCAAAAACUACUGCAGAUUCUUCAAAAGAUAAAAGUUACAAAACUCUGACAACUAGCACUUCAAAACCUGAGGGCUCUAAUCCUUGUUUUCCAAAACGGAGAAUUUCCUUUUCACAGCAAAGGACUUCUACAGUAGAUGAGUCCCAGUGUAAGGACCCCUUAUUGCUAGAAUCGGAAAGUUUAUCUCCAAUUCAGUGUAAGGAUGUAAUUGUUAAUAACACUAAUGAAUUCAAUGGAAGUGUUCUUAUGAGAGUUGGUGAUGGGGUGCUUAGGACUCUUACUUACAACGAGGCCAAUGAGAGUAAAUUCCUGACUUCUAUCAACAGUCCUGUAGAGAACUUGAAUUUUGGACUAUGUGAUAUAAACUCUCCCCCUGUUAAGGUGGUAAAUUACCCAGAUCUUUCAACACCUGAGGAUAGUGGAUAUAAUUCACUUCCUUUGGACAAAUCAGGAGACUCAUUGUCUGAUCAUGAGGGAUCUUUCCAAGAGCUCUUACAAAAGCACAGAGAAGAUUCCAAAAUUCUAGAUAAUAAAAGAAAGACAAGAAAACUUGAACGAGUUAGAAGGUUAUCCACUCUUCAGGAACAGGGUUCACAGUCAGAGACAGAAGAUAAUCAUGGCAGUCCUACUUCAAUGCAUAUAUUAACAGAAGAAAGAAAUUUUGCCAGGGAAGAUCAUGAAUUAGUUCUAAAAGAACAAUCUAAUGGAGACCUGGUUGUAAGUCAUGGAGAUCUCUCAAGAACUCCAGCUCUGAAAAUAGUUCAUGAAAUUUGCUUGCAGAGACAAAGAUCGGACCAAAAGCAAAUAUCAGAGAAUAUUGAUGGAACAGAAAUAUUUGCAUUAGAUCAUGUCCUUCCUGGACUUAUUGGCAAGAAAAUGGGCCUUGACAAAUUAGAUAUUUUAACAGAAUUAAAAGACAGAAAUUUAAAACAUGUUCUUGCUAUAGUUUUAGAUGCUUUGACAGUGGAAAGUCUAUGCAGCAUUUGGAAAGUAAGCAAAAACUGGCGUGAAAUUGUUGUACAAGAUAAAAGGGCAGAUAAGAGGAGAAAGUUGUACAUAAAACAGCAGAAAGAAGAAACUGAGGAAUAUUUAUUGAAGGCUGAAGAUGCUGCCACAAGGCUUAAUAUUCUCAAUAGAUCUGCUCUAAGGCCUGUUCAAGCUCAAGCCAGAACUCCUGUACUACAAACACCACCUUCAUACACUGAAAUUACACCCAGUAACACUAGUUACUCAGCUAGCAGACAGGAAGAAUACCUGAAAGUUGCUAAAACUCUGUUCACUGACGAAGCUCUAAAACCCUGUCCAAGAUGUCAAUAUCCUGCUAAAUAUCAACUGGUAAAGAAUCGGGGGCUGUGUAGCAGAGAGGCAUGUGCAUUUGAGUUCUGUAUUUUAUGUCUGCAUGCAUUCCAUGGCUCAAAAGAAUGUAACAGUUUAUCUGCAAAACGGAAGAACAAAAAAGAUGCUCCUCCGGGAAGCGCCCAAAGCAAAAGAAAUUUAAAAAGACUCUAAAUUUGUAAGGCAUGCAACUCCUUACAUUUAAUUCCUCUUCCCCUUCUCAUAAAUUCCUAAUCUUGUUCCUCUUCAUAUAUUUCAUUUCUUUAUAUUUCAUAUGAAGAUAUGCAUUUUGAAAGUCUCAUUCAAUUUGUUCUUGCUGAUUUGCCAAGGUAGCUUCUCAUGUAUAUAUCUUAAUCAAUGUAGUAUAUUUUUAUUUUUAAAAAAAUGAGCAUUUAAAAGUAUUUUGUCUUCUUUUACUUGUUGAGUAGUAGCUAGGCACUUACUAACAUCUUAAUUUUUAAAUAAAUAUUUAUAUGUAGUCUGUAUUAUUUAGCUUACAACACCUCUUAGAUGUUUAAAAAUGUGAUUCUUGUCUU